GGGCGACACGCUCGCCGGCCGGCCGGUCGCGCAUCCGAGGUUUCGCGUGGGGUGGUACGGUAACAAAAAAGAAAAAUGCAUCAAAAGAAUUUUGGAAAGAGCAAAAAGAGAUAGAGAGGAGAAGGAAGGUGACGUCCAGCGAGCAGCAGCAGCAGCAGCAGCAGGUGAGACUGUGGAGUCACUAUCAGCGAGGCCCGCCGCUAGCGCUCCUCUCCUCGAACCUCGUUGGCGCUUCUUUUCGGUCCCGGCUGUGACAGCAACCGCAGGCGGCAGCAGAAAGGCUGGGCCCCGGAACAGCGGCAGCAGCAGCGGCGGCAGCACGGUGGCGUCGAGGCAGUAGCUUCGAGGACGGCAACUUCAACAGACACGGAGCGCUGGCCAGCCGCUAUCUACAUCAAGAAAACUACAUCCGCCUUACCGUGUACACUCAUGGCUUCCCACUCCCGGAGAUCGGGCCGUCCUGUUGCUACCCUGGCCACGCUGCGGCUGCCCCUGCUCGUGCUCCUCCAGCUGGCGCUCGGCCCGUGCGUCGAGCCCGUGGGCACGGCCUGUCUCAAGAAGGACUUGCUGCGGCCUUGCAGCUGCUUCAGCUACCACAGCUACGAGCGCGUCGAGUGCAAGGACGUGGACCGGCGGGCGCUCAAGAACGCGCUGACCGCGCUUCGCGGCUCGUCCGUGUUCGAGUUCGAGCUGUCCAAGUACAACCUCAAGGACGCGCCCUCGGACGUGUUCAGCGGCGUGCGCGUGACCGAGCUGUACACGUACAUGGCCGACUUCACGAACAUCUGCAACGCGAGCAACCUCUUCGACGGCUUCGACGACACCCUGGCCAUGAUCGAGAUAAAGCGCGCCAAGGGGCUCGAGCAGCUGCACUGGAGCGCCCUGGGACGCCUGAAGAACAUCCAGCGGCUGUUCAUCUUCUCGUCGGACUUCCCCAGGCUGGACAAGAGCUUCUCGCUCAUGCCCAAGAGCCUCACGCACGUCAUGGUGCAGGGCGGCAGCCUCGAGCACGUCGACGAAGGCGCCUUCCUGGGUCUGGAGAUUCGGGAUCUGGAGAUAUCGUUCACCAGGUUGGAGAAGAUCACCAGGAACGUCUUCCCGACGCCGGCAACCAGUCUAACCGUCCUUUCCCUCAGGCACAACCGAAUCCGCUCGCUGCCGGAGGACAUGUUCAACGACAUGCCCGCCCUGACACUGUUGGACGUGAGCAACAACUGCCUGCAGACGCUCUCCGAGAGCUCCAUGGCUCCCGUGCUCAGGAACCUGAGGCUACUCGAGAUGAGCAAUAACCAGUACUUCUGCGACUGCAACCUGACGUGGGUGGGCCGGGCGUUCACCAACUCCAACUACCUGGAGAGGUUCUCGCAGCGCAACGACAUCACGUGCAACACGCCGCCCCACCUGCACGGCACGGACGUGCUGACGCUGACCGACGACAACCUGGGCUGCGCCAACCUGGUCCCGCUCAACAUGCACUGAGAAGCCCGCACCAACUGUCGCCCGACACCACCAAGGAGCACCGUGCAUGCCAGCUAGUCUUCCGUGCAAGUCCUCCGCACCGCGGCCAACGCUCACAGCCACCCGUGUGUGUGUGUGUAUUUAUGAGUACAACGCCCAGCCGCUGCAACCUGCUGGACUGAAGAGUGCUUCGGACCAUUGUUCGAGACCGGAACACGGCGUCGACGGAGCGCGCACUUGCGCGUUACACUGCACCGGUUCGCGCGCGGGUGACAAUUCUCGUGCGCGCCACAUUCAACAAAGGCGCUCUUCGCAUCCGACGCCAGUCAACCCGUGUUGUGGUCGCGAGAAGCUGGUGAACAAAUGGCGUCGGUGCCGAGAACAGAUCGCUCGCUCGCUCGUCGUUCACGGUCGUGGAUCUGUGAUAGAUCGGACACUCCCCCCCUCCCCCCCUCCCAUCGUUAUCGAGCGCAAUGCGCGAUGUCACCGUCGUAUCCAUGUGGUCCGCGCAUCUGUCCGCCGCGUCGGCGCUGACCUUUCCAACGUCGUGGACUCGAUGAUACAAUUGUGUGUGCCCUCCUCCUUCCUCCAUCCCAUCCGCUCUCUCUUUUCUUCUUCUCAUUAUCUUUCUCCGAUAGCGCCUGACACUCAACAUAUGCAAAGUGCACCGCGAGCUAUAUCCAAGGAACAUGUUGGCAGACAGGCGUCAGGUUUGUGCCAAUACGUGCGAGAGAAAAAGGAUCCAGUUGGGCCCGUAUACUGUCGAUCGGUCACUUUCUGGAAUAAUUUCACCUUGGCGCGACGUAAUGUCAGCGCGAAGAUUUUCUCACAAAUUGCAGUGGCAGGGGAUUGUGGCGUUAGAUAAUUUUAGCGUACCGUUAGUGUUCUAUAGGUAUACUAUUACCAGAGGAAGAUUGGGCUAGACUUGAAUUGUUCGACAGGGGCCGAACGAAAAAUUUCUUCGGAACCAACGCUUCAACAAAAGCACUGGUCGACCACUGUUGAUCGCCUCUAAUGGUUUAACGACUCCUGAGCGCACUGAAAGUGAUAUUUCCGAAAGUGACCCAUUGAGCGUACAGCCCCAGAUGAGCCAUGCGUGUCAGGUCACCGCACUGUUACGUGGCUACCAGUACAAAUGAAUCUCGCGUUUGUUUGUCAACACGACGCAGUAAUGUCCUUCGUUUGUUUCAUGAAAAUAAUGUUGUUGUUUUUUUGUCAAAGCACAGACGUUCACACUUCUGUCUGGAGCGCUUGAGUGUUGUGCUGCAGAGCAAAACAGAAAUAGUUUCACGGCAGCUACGAGCUUGAAGAUUUUUCAGGCUGGAUACCGCGUGACUCUAGGGUCCGAGCAACCAUCGCUGCCCGCAGCAUUACCUCUCAGGCCAAGCACCAAACGUACAUUACCAUAAUAUUUGCUUCGUAGCGUACCACUGAAACGCUAAAGACAGAAGUGUGGGCACCUGAAGUAUAAAAAUGUUUAGACCCUUAAGGGUGUUUUCUUGACGCACGGGUAACACCUCUGCCACUAGGGCACUGAAAACCUUUAUAGGGGAUGACAACGCAGCUGUAAGCUCUAACUAGACGUGCGAUGACAAAAGACGUAGCUGAAAACUAUAUCAUCAUUCUGACGGCCCUGUGAAAUUCUCUUAUCGGAUAAUUUCUAUGCGCUCAAGGCUGGCAGAAUCAUUAAUGGCUUUCAACUACGCCUUUCGUCAUCGCACGUCUAGUUAGAGCUCCGUUGUCGUCGUCUAUAAAUUUUUGUAGGGCACUAACGGUAGGGGUGUUACCCGUGCGACAAGAAAACACCCUUAAGGGUGUAAACAUUUUUAGAGUGUGUAAACCGAAUUGCUACUACACUAAGGCGAGAAAGCAAUAAAAAUUGCUCAGAUGGGUAACCACGACUAAAUUGUAAACGGCCAACGUACAUGUUCCCCUGUAAAGUCGCAUUCGCAAUCCAUAUGUGUCCAUUCCACAUCAACCUAGCUGAACUCAAUACAACAGCUGAAAUCCUAGGAUCCUAGAUUGCUUUAAAAUCAGUUAUACAUGUCAUUCGGUGACACGGCCUUCGUCAUUUUUAUAUAUGAUGUACAGUUGUUGUAAGGCUGCGAUGAACUCAAUUCAUUCUCAAGCGUCUAAUAAAUGACUGAAUUGACA